UGCAACAUUUUUUUUCGACGAGUUUCGCAACGCAUCUCGUAGCCAAUAGGAAAAUGCCUCUCUUGAGAAUAAAAAUCAAAUUUUUUUAUUGAAGACGGAAUACGUUUAGAAAUUUAUCAAGAGUGCUGCAACUCUUUCGUCAUUGACCAAACCACAUGCUCAUUCGCACACGCACACACACAAUUUAAUUAUAUUUAAUUUAAUUUAAUAGAUCCUGCCAGAUAAAUGUGAUUCCGAUCGUGUAAUGUGUAAUAAUGUGUAGAUCCGAAGUAUGAAUCGGAAUUUUUACGAUCUCGAAUUUCUCCGAAUCAGGAAGUUUAAAGACCAAAGUUUUAAGAUAUUUUUUACCAUAUUUAUAUUUUGUUGCCGUCUGAUAAAUCUAUGAAGUUAUCGCGAAAUUGAACGUAAGGACACGUUGUGUGGGGUCAAGUUCAGACUUCAUUAUCAUUAUUUGCACGCCGCUAAUUUCGUCGUGGCGCUUCUUCACCGCGGGAGUUUUUGCUCGGUUGGCCUUGGUCCAGAGCUUGCGCACAAGCUAUUAGAAAAUAAUUGGCAAUCGCCGUUAAGGUCAGCAGGCUUCUAAGUCAGUCGGUCAGUCCAUCUUCGCGAUCGAUCGGCUGUCGAUCGGACAGGAUAUCUUUAACAGAGAAGGAUAUCAAGAGGAAGGAAGAAGGAUGCCGGACGCGAAGAAAAGAGUAUGCAUCGUCGGCAGUGGCAAUUGGUAAUUUUCUUCGUCAAAGAAUAAAUAAUUAGAAAAUAAUCCUAUACGCAAUUAUAUAUUACUUUCUCUUACCUCGAUCUUUAAUUCUUUUUCUUUUCAUUUAUUUAUCGAAAUAUAUAAAUCUUCGUCCGAAGAGGUGGAGGCAGAGAAAGAGUUUACAUAAUCAUGAACUAAUCGCGUCAAUCGAUUAAUGUUUAAUAUUGCUUUAUUAGUAAAUUAGUAUUAUUUAUAUGUAGCAUAUUGAAUAAUAUUAAAGAACGAAUAUUUCAUCUUUAAAAAAUAAUUAAGUUUUAAGUCGAUAAUAGAACGGAGAUCGCAGUUUCUUUUGAUCCAGUUUUCUGUAAUAAAUAUGCCACAUUACUAUUGUGCACCACUUGUCCACUUUUGUUCCAAAAUUAACUCGCUGUAUCACCGCAUAAUUUUAAGGACAAAUCACACGUGCAAUAAAAUUUAUACUGAAAUUUAACAUAUUAUAUUCGUUUUCCUCACAACGAGAGACGCGAAUUCUCCGUGCACGUCGGUUGAAACUGAAUGAUAUAUUCCUAAAUAUAUAAAAAAUAAUUGUAUUAAUACAUAAUUAGUGAAAUGUAAUCAAUUGACAGUAACGCAACGUUGAGGCAAAGUAUCUUCUUGUAACAUGCAACGUGUCAUUUUAGGGGCUCGGCGAUCGCAAAGAUCGUCGGCGCGAAUGUUAUGAAGUUCAACAACAUAUUCGAGACUCGAGUGACGAUGUAUGUGUAUGAGGAGAUUAUCAACAACGAGAAGCUCACCGACAUAAUCAACACCUUGCAUGAAAACGUCAAAUAUCUGCCUGGGCACAAACUUCCGGAGAAUGUAGUUGCCGUGCCUGACGUUGUGGAAGCCGCGAAGGACGCCGAUAUCCUCAUCUUCGUCUUGCCUCAUCAAUUUAUUCGCACGUUAUGCUCGACACUGUUGGACAACAUAAAACCGACCGCAGUAGGGCUCUCUCUCAUCAAAGGUUUCGGCCGAGGCGAGGGGAACAACAUCGGGUUGAUCUCCAAGAUCAUCGAGAAGAACCUGAGAAUACAGUGCAACGUUCUGAUGGGUGCCAAUCUCGCGAACGAGGUCGCUGAGGAAAAGUUCUGCGAAACGACCAUCGGAUGCAAGGACAAGCGACUGGCAUCGGUGCUGAGGGACCUCAUUCAAACUGCCAACUUCCGAGUAGUCGUUCUAGAGGAUUGCGAGGCUGUAGAAGUCUGUGGAGCUUUGAAGAACAUUGUAGCGUGCGCAGCCGGUUUCAUAGAUGGUCUUGGAUUAGGCGACAACACGAAGGCCGCAGUAAUUCGACUGGGGCUAAUGGAGAUGGUGAAGUUCGUAGAUACCUUCUAUAGCGGCUCCAAGCUGUCCACAUUUUUCGAGAGCUGUGGUAUAGCGGAUCUCAUUACCACCUGCUAUGGUGGAAGGAAUCGCAGAGUGUGCGAACAGUUUGUGAAGACUGGCAAGACCAUCAGACAACUGGAGGACGAGUUGUUGGCCGGGCAAAAGCUCCAGGGGCCGGCAACGGCAGACGAGGUUCACGAUAUGUUAAAGUCGCGCAAUCUGAUGGACAAGUUCCCCUUGUUCACUGCGGUACAUCGCAUCUGCACCGACCAACUGCGACCGGCGGAUCUCAUCGAUCAGAUUCGCAGUCAUCCGGAGCACGUGAUGAAACUAGAGGGGGGAAGUACGUAGUUAUUAAAGGUAAAUGAAAGAUAAAUCGGAUAGAUGUAAAUGCAGCCUGAAGGAAACGAUUUAGAUGACAAAAACUUGUACAUAUCUUGCGUGGUCAAUGUAAUUUAUUGCUGUAAAUAAAAUUUAAUUAUGAACUGAACUCACAUUCUUCAGUCACAGCUAAUAAUAUAGUAACACAUAAUUUAUCUUUGUACAUCUAUAUAUACAGGUAUACAUUCUGUUAUUAUAAUUCAUGCACGUCCGCCUAUUCUUUCAAAAGUUGUUUCAACUACUUGGAUAAUGGUUGUACGCACCUCGUGUUCGACUUCCUGUACAAAUCCUAAUUGAAAUAAUAAUGAUUAUAUAUGUCAUCACAUUGAGUAAACUUACAAAUGUUUUGGACAAAUUGUAGAUCAUUCUGUAUAGCAAAAUAACACACAGAACACCUCCUCAACGACUGCCAUAUUUGUAAUAUUUUUAUUUUUCUACAUCAUCCUGUUUCGUUUAUCGGC